AUGCGUCUCCACCCUCUCAGCACACUCCAUCUAUCUCUACACCUCUACCUCCAUCUGCCCUACGUGCUCUCGCAAUCCACAAACACCACCUCCCUCACAGCCCCCGCCCUCGUCACAAACAACAACCGCACCGUGAUCCAAUGCUGGCGCCUCCGCAUUCCGUUCCAGACCUCGUCCACGCCAGGCGUCGUUGGCGCAAAGGCGGCUACAGUCGCCAACGUGACCAAUAUGGCUUACACUGUCCUGCCACCUCGCUUUGAUGGCGGACUGCACAGAGCACCCGCUCCGCAGAUCGUGCACUUCGUUUCGGGACUCGCUCACAUCACUUUGCCGGAUGAUCCAGACCGGGAUCUGUGGCUGGUGGGCGGCGUUGGGGGUUUGCUGCUUGCCGUUGACACAACCGGCACAGGGCACAUAACACGGUACCCAAGUGACCAGCACACGGUAGGUCUCCUCGCGCCGUUUGAGGGUGGGAGGGUGCCAGAAUACGAGGUCGUCAAAAAUGGGGGAUGUGAGGGAGUGCAGACAUUUCCUUAG